CUCCUGCGCAACUGGCUGCGCUACUCUCCCCGUCGCAAUUGAACUCUUUCUUUCGCCGCGAUAUUCUUGGAAUUAUGCACAAAGACAGUGCAAGACAGCGCCUGUGAGCGAGUGCGAAAGGGAAGGAAUGCGCGACCGAGCACAGGCACGAGCGGCGCUCUGCUUUCGGUCGCGUCGCGUUCAGAGCCAGCUGCAGCAGCAACAGCAGCAACAGCAGCGGCCGCGGCAGCAAAAUAAAUCGUCCGUCCAUUUGAGCUUCAAUCAUACACGGGGAGGUCCAACAAAUUGGGCGGCCAACGAACGAGAACUUUGUGUGCCGUUUCUUGCGCUAGAUUCUGAGCAAAUUAACUGUGUUUUUUGUGUGUCGUGUCGUGAUUGAUUCCUUUGAGGUCAAAGUGCUUUACAAUACGCGCAAUCCGUGGCAGAUAGCAAGGCGGAGGCGGCUGCCUCAAAAAAUUGUAGAAACACUCAAGUGCUGCGUAGAUGAUCGUUUUGUGACGCCAAACGGGAACAUACAGACAACAUUGUCGACGCUUUGUGUUUGCAAGGAAAAUUGUAUGCAUUAAACGAACUUUAAACUAUGAAAAUAGCAGAUUAGUGCCGCGAAUAGAAAACUGUAACAGUUACAGCAGCUGGGAAGUAGCAAAAAGCGCGACAUGCUGCUGGAAAGGUCAUACAGAGACCCGGAAAACAUGCUGCCACAGACUCAGGUGGCAAUCAAACGGAAGCCCGAACUGGAACAGGAGCUGCAACCCAAGCAGCACAAGAGAUUCUUCGAUCCGCGCACAACCAACAAUUAUAACUAUAGACAACUGGCCAAAAUGUAUUCGAAUCCCAAUACACAACACAAUUUGGUAGAGAACAGACCCCCCAUAAGUGUAGCAACGACACCCCCAACGACAUUGCCCAACACUGGCAUUGAUGGAAACAAUACAAACCCAACAACAACAACAACAGCAGCAGCAUGUGAGUAAAAUAGAUUUAUUAUGAGCUAGACAAGAGAUUGUACAUACUUACCAUCCCCCAAGUAAGUGCCACGCCUCACUUUUCAUUCAAAACAAAUCGAAAUACAAAUGUUUUGAAGCCAAAACAAAAACCAAAAGAAAAAGCUAAAAUAUGUGCCAUAACUUACAAAGAAGUUGGAGCAAAAAAAAAAAAAAAAAAGAAGUAAACAAACCAGAAAAACACUUAAAAAAUUCAUUCCGAAACUGCGCAUUUGUUGAAGAGAACCCAAAGACGGGAAUUUAGACAUACAUAGGCAUGUACAUAUGUUUUUUAUGAUAUUUAUAUACAACUUGUAGCGUUUCGUAAACAAUUAGCGAGAAAUGCAAUGUACUAUAUAAAUUUCAAAUCGCGCAUAAAUUCAAUCGGAUAUCUGGGCGGACAGUGACUAUGGCCAAAGUGUGGGUGCAUAACCCAUCGCAAGUAAACAAACAAAAACAAGCCGAAAUCCAGAAGCAGGCGGAGAGAGAGAGUGAGAGAUUGGUGUCCAUAAGGCGUGGAGGGAUCAGGUUCAAUGGCCAAAACACACACGGCAGCAACAACAAGGCGACAGACAACAGCCAAAAAGUCACCCAGCCAGAUGGGUUGUUGGCCAAAUUGAAUUGAAAUGGAAACAAGUUCAAUGUUGGGUGGAGGGAUGGAUGGAUGGAUGGAGCAGCAGCACCAGCACCAGCUUUGGGCAUGGUUUAUGAGGGAGGUUCCAUCAACGCUUCGGGGGUUGCAGCAACGAGUCAACCAAGUCAUUAACAUUCUCUGGACAACAAGUAAUUCGUUGAACCUGAAAAGACACAGACACAGACACAGCCAGAGACGGAUAGAGAGUAGAUGGAGAGAUACACAGAUACCAGACCAGACAACAGUUCUUGCCUCGUAUUGUGGCGACAGUGGCUGGCAUUUCCCUUGCUUUUGUCGUUGCCUUUCUUUCCUGUUGAAAUACUUGAGUGAUUAUUGGGCAAGGACACGUGUCGCGCCUUGUUCUUGUUCUUGGAAUGAGGACAUCCAUAAGUAUAUCUGAGAGUUCAUUGCUCGAUAGGGGACUUUUUGAGGUCGCUCCAUCUAUGUACAUAUAUGGAGAUAAA